CACACACACUAUAAUUAGUAUAUAUAGAGAAUAAGGAUGGGGAGUAGUUUAAUUCGGUUGUAUUGGAGGGAGGCAGCUGCUAGCUAGCUCUGCCAAAUCUAAAUUAGCAAAAACAGAGACAGCUAGAAAUGGGAAGGUCACCUUGUUGUGAUGAGAGCGGUCUCAAGAAAGGCCCUUGGACUCCUGAGGAAGAUCACAAACUGGUUCAGUAUAUCCAAAAGCAUGGCCAUGGAAGCUGGAGAGCACUCCCUAAGCUUGCAGGUCUUAACAGAUGCGGAAAGAGCUGCAGAUUGAGAUGGACGAACUACCUGAGGCCUGACAUCAAGAGAGGGAAAUUUUCCCAGGAAGAAGAGCAAACAAUUUUAAAUCUCCAUUCCAUUCUUGGCAACAAAUGGUCUGCAAUUGCAACCCACCUCCCGGGCCGGACUGACAACGAAAUCAAGAAUUUCUGGAACACCCAUUUGAAGAAGAAGCUGAUUCAGAUGGGUUUUGAUCCGAUGACGCACCGGCCUCGAACCGAUAUCUUCUCGAGCCUGCCUCAUCUCAUAGCCUUAGCAAACUUGAGAGAGCUGAUGGAGAACCCAUCAUGGGGAGAGCAAGCUUUGAGAUUGCAAACGGCAGAAGCAAUUCAAAUGGCCAGGCUUCAACAGUACUUGCAGUAUCUCCUUCAACCUCCAUCUUCCAUGCCCACUGCCUCCUCCAACAAUAAUAUAAACCCCAGCAGUACCAUCACUGACAUGGACGCCUUCAAUCUUCUAAACUCACUCUCUUCGGUCAAAGCUGAAAAUUUCUCAUCUUUGUAUUCGCCGCAGUUGGAGACUCCCACUCCGACCACUAACACUCUUCAAGCUCUCCAUGAUUCUAUCCCUUUCUCUCAUCUCCCUGAGUUGCAGAUCCCAAGCAUCUUUGAUCACACAAACAAGGACAUGGCUCUCCCUGAAUUGUUAGGGCAGAACUCACCGAAUUCUCCGUGGAUUCCGUCUUCCUCGUCUCCUUCUUCGGAGCCAGCUGCUCCGCCUUUCACGGAGAGUGUUUCAGCGUUCAAUCAGGCCGACGCUUGCAUCACGUCUAGCUAUGGAGCACCUUCCUUUUGGCCAGACCUCCUCCUUGAUGAUCCUCUCUUUCAUGAGAUUGCUUAGAUUAAUUUUGAUACGUAUAGUGUGUGAUAGGUUUGAGUUAAGUUGCAUGCACUACCCUUUACUGCAUCUGUAUAAAUUAAUAUUCUUAUUUCGUAUACAUAGAUAUAGUUCAU